UGAUAUAACUAAGUGGGGACGUCAGUUUUACUUAUGACGGCGCAACAAAUAGUGGAUUAUUAUAUUUUUUUAAAUAAAAUUUUAUAAUCCAAAAAUUUUUGAUAAAUACUCAAAAUUACAUUACACCGUCAUUUUAUAAAAUCUGCAAAAAAUUUCUGCCUAAAAGAGUUAAAAUUAACUUUCAGUUUUAAAAAACCAGUUUUUAUCGAUUCAAGCGUUUACCUUCUGAAAGUCACUGAUUGAGAAUUAUAAUUUACAAAAAUGUACGUUCAAAUUGAAACUGAAACGUGUGUAGAAGACACUAUUACUCUCGUGGAUUUGAGAAGCGAUACAAUUAGCAAACCGUCAAAAUCAAUGAGAACAGCAAUGUCUCUAGCUGAAGUAGGAGACGACGUUUUUGGAGAAGACCCAACUGUUAAAAAACUUGAAGAAAAAGCUGCAAAAUUACUCGGAAAAGAGGCUGCUAUUUUUGUCACUUCAGGAACUAUGGGAAAUUUAAUUGCUAUAAUGAAUCAUUGUAACAUUCGAGGUUGCGAAACUUAUUGCGGAGAAGAUUCGCACGUAGUGUUACACGAACAAGGAGGUGCUGCUCAAAUAGCCGGCGUAACUCUUUGUCCCUUGCCAAAUAAUAGUGAUGGAACGUUUGAUCUAAAAAAAUUUCAAUCAAAAAUAAAAGGCGAUCGACAACAUGAGCCAAUUUCAAAAUUGGUAAUUGUUGAAAAUACAUUUAAUGGUAAAAUUGUACCUCAAUCCUGGAUCAAUGAAUUAUCAUCAAUAGCAAAGAAACGUUCACUCAAAUUACAUAUGGACGGUGCUAGAUUAUGGAAUGCCUCAAUAGCAUCUAAAUUAUCAGUUAAGGAAAUAGUAUCUGAAUUUGAUUCCGUGACAUUUUGUCUCAGUAAAGGUUUAGGAGCACCCGCUGGCUCUUUACUUUGUGGUACAAAAACAUUUAUCGAGAAUGCAAGAUCAAUAAGAAAAGUUUUAGGCGGUGGUAUGAGACAAGUUGGUAUUCUUGCCGCAGCUGGAUUAAUUGCAUUAGAUGAAAUUGUACCAUUAUUAGUUAACGAUCAUCAAAGAGCUUAUAAAAUAGCAAAGGCAAUAAAUGAUCUUAAUUCAAAAAUUAUAUCCGUUAAUUUAAAUGAGGUGCAGACAAAUAUGAUUUUUGUAAAAAUAUCUUCGGAAAAAAUUACAUCUCGAGAAUUUGUCCAACGAUUAAAAACAACAAGCACCAAUCACAAUGAUGAUAAAAUAAUAGUCCGAGGAAUGGCCUUAACUCCACACUCAGCAAGAUUUGUUCUCUAUUAUGAAAUCGACGAUCAAAUGGUGGCUGCUGCUAUCCGUAAAUUUACCUAUGUUAUAAAAGAAUUAGAUCCUUAAUUAUAUUAACAAUAAAAUGACAAAUUGAUUAUAAACACUUUAAUAAAAAUUGUUUUGUUUUGAAAAAAAUUUUACAUUUUGCCUCUUCAAAGAAUAUAUAGUAAAUAAUAUAGUGAUAAAAAAAGGACAAUCUGAAAAAAAAUGUUUCGUUAAAAACGUAAAUUAUUCAAUGUAAAGUAAUAAAAUAAAAUAUAAAGAAAAUAAAAAUUACCGAAAUGUAUUGAAACAAAAUAAAUCUCAAGAUAUUUAGCGACUUCCAAAUUGUGCUUUCUUUUAUUAUCACAGUAAUAAAUAAUUUGCUUUUCACAACGAUAGAAAAAAAAAAAUCGUCGUCCUUUUAGCCAAUAUAAAUUACUGCAAAAAAAUUGGUAGAUUCUU